GAUUUUCUGUCGAUCUUUUAUAAUAAAAUGUCAUCAAUGCAAGAGUCCCCGAGGGAAGGGCCCAUGGCGAAGCUGAGUCUCACGUCCCGUGUUCUAGGGGUAGUGUUCUGGGUGGGCGUCACGGUCCUCGGCAUUUACUUGGUUUACCCCAAGACGGGUCGAGAGACAACACCAGAGGAUGCUGGUCUUCUGGUAAAGAUCCACAACACGUGCGAAGGGAUCUUCCUGUUGGCCUUGGGAGUCUACAGCGUCUAUGAGACCCUGCGUACCUUCAAGUCGCGUGAAGGGCUGUCAGCGUGGCCUCAGUUCAAGCAUGACUCCCUCAGACUGUGUCUGUAUGUGGUCAUUGCGGGUUACGUUAUUGGUGGUCAUCGCUACUCGGCGACUUUCGAAUCGAUAGCUAUGUGGCUUGGAAUACUCGGUUUCGUCAUUGCUGUCCUCUACUUGGUCCAGUCUCUGGCUUUCUUCACGGGCAGUAACCUCCAUCGACUUCGCAAUGAUCGAUCUAACGAGCAGGAGGAGUACCAUCACGCUGGCCCUGCAUCGUCUAUGCAAAGGCCCCUGGUGCACGAGGAAGCCUUGGAGGACGGCUCCUCAAGGCAACAGACUGGCAGUGUCCCAGUCCGAGAUGCUACGGGGAGUCCAGAACUCAGUGGUAACAGUCAAGCGGUUUCCUAUACCCCGCCUCAGCCGAGACGCCCCGAGUCGCCGGCUUUCGGGUCGGGCAGGAAGCAACCUUGGGAACAAGGGACGCAUGAAGUAAAGAGCAAUCCAUUUGCUGGUCCUGCUGCUGGUGCCGGUGACAAGCCGUAGACUCGCCCCUCGCAGCUGGUCCAUCCACUCUUUG